UAUAAGUCGCAUGUUAUGAGUCACUGGACACGUUUUCAAAUAGACGAACCUUUUAGCGAGCUUGAGGCGAAAGCCGAGAAACUCUGCAAAAUCAAAUCAAUGGCGGCAGCACGGGCCAGAGUUUCGCUAUCGAUUUUUCGAGCUAAAAACCCUUCGCCUAUAACUGUAAGCUGCCUCCGAUUUGCACGACUUCUCAUCAUCGACAAUCAUUUCUCUUCUUCGUCAACUGAUAUCCCUCUGCUCCAGAAGCUUCUGAAAGCGCCGGUUUCAAGAAUUAAAGCAACCCUCGACUCUGAGUUCAGCUCAGAAUCGACUGAGUUUCCGUGGGCUGACCUUCUCACCUCUCUCAAUUCCUCUGCUCCCCGGAAAGCUAAUUUGGUAAUUGAAUGGAAAUUGGAGAAAUUGGGAAGAGAGGAUGAGAAAAGUCAUGAUUCUUACGCUCAGUUGAUAUCUUUAUGUGAAAGCAUUAAGAAUCUCCCUACUGCGUUGCUCGUGUUUAGUUCAAUGGAGGCUCAGGGAGUUAAACCUACAUCUUCAGUGUUCAAUGCCCUUAUCUUGACAAGUUUAUCUUCAGGUAAUAUGCUCACAGCAUUAAGCUUAUAUGAAAUAAUGGAGCGUUCUGAGGGCUACAGACCCGAUUCUGACACUUAUAAUGCUUUCAUUUUGGCAUAUGCAAAAUCGGGAAACCAGAGUGCAACUGAAGCUUGGUUAACAGCUAAAAUAGCCUCUGGUUUCUCUGCUGAUGCUCAAACGUAUGCUUUUCUCAUACUUUCUUGUGUCAAAUCAAAAAAUUUUGAGGAUGCACAAAGAUAUUACAAAGAAAUGAUGUCAUCUGGGCUAAUCCCUAAUGAAUCCGUCUUCCAGAGCAUGCUCUUGAUGUACUGUAAGCAGAGAAAUCCGAGUAGGAUUAAAGAGAUUUUGAAGUUUAUGCUAAAAGGUGAGCAUCGGAUUGAUCGAAAUAUGGCCAAAAAGGUUGUGGAUUUGUACCAAGAACUUGGACUGGUAGAACAGCUGGAAGAAUUGUUAGUGAAUUUUACUGAAUCUGACCAGAAUUCGGAAGUCCUUUCACUGUUUCACUGCUCGAUAAUAAGAAUGUAUGCAGAUACAGAUAGGUUAGAUGAUGUCGAGUACUCUGUUGGGAGAAUGCUAAAGCAUGGAAUAGCAUUUAGCUGCUCAGAGGAUGUUGAAAAGGUGAUUUGUUCUUAUUUCAGAAGGGAAGCUUAUGAUAGGCUGGAGUUGUUUUUGGAGCGUAUAAAAGAUUCUUACAAACUUACAAGGUCCAUCUAUGGUUUGUUGGGAGCUGGCUACCGACGGGCUGGCCUAAUAGAAAAAUUGAACAUACUGGUGAAUGAGAUGAAAGUGGCUGGUUUUGUGUAGUUUCAUGGAUUGAGGUUUCAUAAGAUUGCUUUGCCAUAUGGUUUCUCUUCAUUGAGAUAUGUCGUUGGGGUCAGCAUUUCGCCCCA